CUCCGUCAAGUUCGGACGUACUUAUGCGCCGCGGAGUCACACCUGUGGCUCAAACAAAAUACCACCAAAAACCGCGAGUUCGAACUCCGAAUCAGGAUUACAGUGGCUAGUGAAUGAAAUGAAGUGUAUGUGAAAAAAAAAAAUUAUCAAUGAACGAGUUUUUAGUUUGACCGGUUUUUCGGUUCUGGUUUCUUGUAUCUUGGACAUCCGGAGGGACCAGUUCGUACCGUGGGAAAUUUUGCUGAUGCAGACAGAGAAAACAGCACAAUGCGAUGACUAAAAAGUUAAAUUUAGUGAAUAAGUUUAGUUCGGUUUAGUGAUUUUGCCAAAGAUUUAACAGAUAAUAGUGAAACUUUGACAGUGAAGUGUGAAAAUGUGUAGGUGAUUCAAUAAGUGACGGUUGAAACGCUAUGUGCUGUGAACUUUUCCAAAAUGUGUCCCAAAUUAGGCAUUGCGGUCGCCAUUUUGUGUGCACUCUCGUCUGUCAGUGGUGCGCAGCAACAGUACUUCCGAGUGGCGCCGCGGAGUUUGCGAGUCCAAGAAGGCUCUGAAGCAGUACUAGAGUGUGCUGUUGCCAAUUUAGGAGGCCAAGUGCAGUGGGCUAAGGAUGGAUUUGCUCUUGGCUACUCCUCAGUGAUACCCGGCUACCCUCGCUACACCAUGUUUGGUGACCGACGUCACGGUAUAUACAACCUUCGGAUAGUCAACGUCACCCUUGAAGACGAUGCAGAAUACCAGUGCCAAGUUGGACCAGCGCCGAAACACAAGGUCAUACGAGCCAACGCAUCGCUGACUGUUAUAUCGCCCCCAAACGCAGUGGAGAUAGUCAACCAUCCUCACAACUCUAAGCUCGAGAUGAAAGAGGGAGAGGACGUGGUCUUGGAGUGCCAAGUCAGGAACGCCAAGCCAGCUGCCAAGAUUGUGUGGUAUCGAGGGAACCAGGAGAUGAAGGGUGAUAAAGUUUCAAGUGAAGAAAUCAAAGAGGUGGAGGGUCCUACCGGCAAUCCGAAGUCUACCAGAUACACCACGAUAUCCAGGGUCCAUUUCAAGGCGACAGCAGAUGACGACUACGCGGACUUCACGUGCGAAGCGAGGCACGAGGCGUUGCAGCGAGACACGCCCAUGCGAAGCACAGUACAACUCAGUGUUUUGUACCCUCCAGGAGCGCCCUACAUCGAAGGCUACGCAGAAGGGGAGACCGUCCGGCGAGGUCAGAGUCUGGAACUGGUCUGCAGAAGCCGUGGGGGCAACCCCCCGGCUCAGCUUAUUUGGUACAAGAAUGGCGAGCAAAUCCGGAUGGCAUACAGAACCAGCGGCAGGAUGUCAGAGAACGUUUUGUCCUUCAAAGCGGACGCGUCGGACAAUAAGGCGCGGUACACAUGCGAAGCGAAGAAUAUCAUGAUCAGCAAUACAUUGAAGGCGGAGAUAGACCUUACUGUACUAUUUGCCCCAUCUCACGUCACAAUCUCUGGACCUUCAGAAGCAAGAGUCGGAGAUCCAGUACCCCUUAGCUGCAGUACGGCACCUUCAAACCCUGCUGCAGAUAUCAAGUGGCUGGUUUUGGGCAAACACCAUCGAGACGCCAGCAAUAGAACUGUUAUAUCACCUGAAGGUGGCUGGAUAACCACGUCGAACAUAACAGUGGUGGUCGAACCAAACCGUCGCUCCAUAGUGGUAGUAUGCCACGGCAUCAACGGCCAACUCACUGAAAACGUGGUCGCUACUCACACCAUCAACGUUCUAUACCCGCCGUCAGCACCUAUGAUCACAGGCUACAUCCCUGGUACAACACUCUCAGCUGGCACGGUACAGAAGCUGUCCUGCAUAUCAUCUGGCGGUAACCCACUGGCUACGUUGACGUGGUUUAAGAAUGACAAAAAGAUACAUUCAAUAACGAAAACAACGGACAAGUCGGUAUCAGCAGAGAUAUCAAUCCUGACCAACGUCACUGAUAACCAAGCACAGUACAGAUGUGAGGCGACCAACAGUGCCACUGAGAUCCCGCUGUUUGAAACUGUUACAUUGAAUGUACACUUUGCACCAGAAGCGGUGAAAGUGAGAGCGGAACCGGAAGAGCUGAAGCCGGGAAUCGAAGCCACGCUCUUUUGCGACGCUGCCUCCAGCAACCCACCCGCUACGCUGUCGUGGUGGAGGGAUGGUAUUCCUGUUCAAGGUCUUCCAAUGCAGCUGAAGAAAGGUCUCCAUGGCGGGACGGUGUCCACUAUAGAGCUAAAGCUGAACAUCACCAAGGAGCUGAACGGCGCGGUGUACACUUGCCAGGCGAUGAACGAGGCCCUACAGCGCAGUGUGCACGACGCCUUAAAGCUUAAAGUCCUAUACGCUCCAAUCUUCGACGAGACCACCCAAUACACGACAGUAGGGGUUGAAAACGAACCCCUAGUGAUCAUGCUGCGCGCUGACGGAAACCCAAGCAGCAUCACAUACACCUGGACCAAGGACGGUCUGCCCAUCACGCAGUCUUCCUAUAGCAGUGCGAGCGACAGAAUAAUCUCCGAAGGCAGCAUGUUGAACAUGACGCGACUGUCGCGCCACGACGCUGGGAUCUACACGUGCGAAGCUGUCAACUCGCAGGGCGCGGCCACUGUCAAUAUUACUGUCAACGUACACUACCCGGCGGGAAUAAAGGCGGUGUCACAAAGCGCUUUAUCCAAUCCGAACGAGAACGCUCUGCUCUCAUGCACUGCUACCGGUAACCCCCUGACAGCGGAGCACAUAAAAUGGGUGCGCAAAGGUUACGACCUGUCAUCCGCCACCAUAACCUUCGAGGCCAGGAAUCAAACCAGCUACCUCCUCAUCGAACGGGCCACCCGAGAGGAUGUCGGGAAGUUCCAGUGCGUCGUCAACAACGGGAUAUCCGGUGAAACAAGACAGGAAGUCAUGCUAGUGGUCAAGUUUAAACCGGAAAUGGAUAGUUCGCCUAACCUGGUUAAAUCUGCAUCUAACGCUGGUCAAGUCGGGAGGUUAACUUGUCGAUGCAAAGCCGCACCGGCCCCAAACUUCACCUGGUCGAAGAACGGAGCAAAACUACCCGUCAACACGUCCACCAAAUACUUCGCGGAGUACCACAAAACGGAUGCCAUAACCUACACUUCAGUGCUACUGAUCAAUGAUGUUGGUACUGCGGACUAUGGCUCGUACGAAUGCGGAGCGAGGAACGAUCUAGGAUUCAGCACUACAUCUGUCAAACUGGAUAUUACUAGCGCACCUGAUCCCGUGACGUCAAUAGCCGUCACCAAUGUGACGCACAACUCCGUGUCUCUACAGUGGGUGCCUGGCUUUGACGGCGGCCUCUUUUCUUGGUUCAGGGUUCGAUAUCGCAAAAUAACCGAAGAAUCGUACCGGUACGAGGAUGUAACCCCGAGGAACGCGACAGCCUUCACCAUCCACGGCCUCGACCGGAACACAGACUAUGUGUUUUCAGUUAUGGCCAUCAACAAGAUGGGUCAGAGCAAAUACAGACCCGAUGAUACCAAAGCUACCACAUUAACUUCAUCAGAAGUAGGCGAGCUUAAUAUAGUUUCCACAGAGUAUGUAGAAACGGCUGACGUCUCAAAGUCCGUGGUAGUCUAUGUUUCGAUCACUGGCGCCAUUUUGGUUUUGAUUAAUGCCGCUUUAGUCGCUUGUUUUGUUUUCAAAAGACGCUCUAGACGACUGAAAGAACAAGCCGGCCAAUCAUCGAAAUCAGCAACAAUAGAGAUGUAUGCGCCAUCAUCGUACAAUGACACCAUGACAGGCGAGACUCUGAGCUCCGUGUCAGAGAAAUCAGAGACUUAUUCACAAGAUGGCGACGAAAGACAACCACCGCCCAUCCCUGAAGUGCCCAGCAUGCCCAAUAGACACAUGCUAAAUCAGACUGACGCCUACCUAAUGGACGAGCAAGGGCUAGUAAUACCCCCACCACUGGACUACCCUCCCCCCAACUACGCGGUAUACGAGGGAGACCACGCACGCACGCUGCCGCAUCCACAUCGACACAAGGACAUCAGUGGACACAGCACCUUAGGACGAAGUGCGGGUAAACAGAACUACAUCCCGGCGCCCAGUCCGAUGCCACCACUUGACGGUUCCUAUUACAACAUGGCGUCCGACCGAUAUCUGUCCUACCCGCCGCUCAUCGGAGAAUACUUGCAGCAGCAGCAACAACAAGGUCGCACCCCAACUCCGCCCCAGCAGUACGGCUCCCAGAUGCCCAAGCCUCACAUGAUGAACGGGGUCCCGCCCUCCCCCUCACACAUGACCAGCCCGCCCCUCAACUGUGGUUUAGAUGAUUAUUGUCCAGGUCUAGACCGGCAGUCAGCGGGCGGCACGCUGCGGCGGCAGCGCUACGACAAGAUGGCCGUCCCACCACCUGACGUCACUGUACUACAUCAGGGGAAUUGUAACCAGCAUCCACCAAUGAACCAGACACCAGCAAUCAAGCAACCACAAUCAAUCCUAAAAGAUCCAUCCAGACAUAAAUACGGCAACCAAUACGGGAGCCCCAUAUCAUCCAGCACCCCACAGAAUAGCAACUCAAGUCAAAUACUAACAGUACAAAACCUCACCUCCGACGUACCGCAGUAUGGUACCAUCAAAAAGGAAAACAAGAAACAAAACGUUACGAUAGACGAAUCUUACAUUAAAAGAAGCGAAACUCAUGUAGUUUAAAUCAAAUAAAACAAGUGAAGUUAAAGUGAAGUGAAUUCUUUAUGGGAAAGUGUAAAAAGUGACUGCUAUUUAAAAAAAAGUGAAUAAUUACAAUUACACAAGUGACUGUGAAUCCAAAUGUGCGAUUCGAACGUUCGAAUCUUUUGUAAAUAUAAUAAUUAUGGAGAGAUAGACUAGUGAAUGAAUAUUAGAUAGUUUUAAAAUUUUUUCAUUGAAUGUGAUACCAAUGAUCGAACUUUUAAAGAGAAGUGUUAAGUGUCCACGAGAGUUUAGAUAGAAUUGUAAAUCUAAGACUUUAACCGCCCCAAGGCCUGGAGUGUAAUUUUUUGAACUAAAAGUCAAAACUUUUCACUAGAAUGGAUGUAAUUUUUGUACAAAGUUAAUAUGUUGACAGAAGUGAGUUCAAUUUCUUGAAUUAAUAUCAAAACUUGACGCAAACUUGGGUUUAAUCUUUUGAAAAAGUCAAAUUGGUGAUUUUAAGACAUGUAAUUUCUUGAAGUGAAAGUCGAAAAUCAUCACUAAAGUGUGUGUAAUUUUUUGAACAAAACCAAAAUGAGUGUUACUUUUUGAAUAAUUGUAAUUUCAAUUAUCCCAUUUGACUUUGUUUAACAAAUUACAGCCACUUGCAAAUUUUUGAACUAAACAUCAAAAUUCAUCGCUACAGUAGGUGUAAUUUUUUUAACAUAGUUAAAUUGGUGAUAUCCACUUGUAACAAUUUGAAUUUAAUUUCACUUUGAUAUUUCAUUUGACUUUAUUCGAAAAAUUAAAGCCACGAGCAAAUUUUUGAACGUCAAAUUCGUCACAAAAUUUGGCUGUCUAUUGGUUUGUAUGGCAAUUUGAGGUUUUCAUACUAAAAUGCCACGCUGUUUCCUCGCUAUGGAAGCACCAUACAAAUGAACGUUUAAUACGAAUUCAAGUGAGUUCUGUUUUGCAAAAAGUUACACUCAAGGCUGAUAUAUUGUCGUUGAAUUGGGGUUAAUACGUCUGGUUGUAAGAAGUAUUGUUUGACUGACUUAUCAAUAUUGCGAAUUGUAAUUAUCAUUUUUUUGUAAUUAGAUGAUACGUCCAAAUGACUUCUGUUGAUUACAAUUGAAUUAUUUUGUAAUAAUGUUAAGGUGAAUCAUCACAGUGACAUUACAAUUUAACUACAAUAUUUAACACA